CCGGAAUCCAAGUCAAUUCAGACACAACUCAAUCAAUCAAUCAAACAACAAAACAACACAAUGGCCGGUUUAAAUUUCGAGCUCCUCCGUCCGGAGAUCAGACAGGACUCUGCCAUUGGCGCAGAGAUCCAUCUCCCAGAGGGCAUGUCCAUGCUCGAUCUCGACCGUCUCACAGAAACAGACAAGGAGAGCCUUCGACAGGCUCUCUUCGAGAACCAGGUUGUCGUGAUCAAGAACCAGAAGGGAAUAGACCCCACCGUCCUCCCCCAGCUAGCAAGAGUGUUCGACUCGACGGCAUCCAACAUCCACUCCGCGGGCGAAAAGGCCGUGAGCGACCCCAAGAACAUCUUGUCUGCGUACAAGGCUGGGAGAAUUCCCCGUGCUCCUCAGGUCGGGAUUAUCGGGUCGGGCAAGUUCCAGGAUUAUGAGGGUCUCGAUGAGCUGGAGGUUAUUCAUCUGGACCACACCAUGUUCCAUGAAACACCGCUGGGGCCGGAGGAACUGAGUCAGGGAUACACUCGCCCGUACCGGUGGCACAUGGACACUCCAUUUUAUGAGCGCCUCCCUGGCGAGGUCACCAUCCUGCAUUCUGUCCGCGUACCAAACCUACCGGACCAAAAGCUCCAGUUCCCCGAGGGCAAGCACAAGGAGGUCGCAGCCGGUGCGACAGCAUUCUUCUCGGGUGCCCGUGCCUUCUCGCUCCUGACUCCCGAAGAACGGGAGUUCGCCUUGAAUACGACAGUCACAUAUGCGCCCCAGGCAUACGAGUUUAUCCGUCACUGCAAGGGCUCGGAUGACGGGCUGACGGUUCCAUGCUGGGGUCGGGAAGUCCCGGUGGACAGGUUGUCAGCGUGGACGUGGGAAAAUGUGGCCGAACAUCCCAUGGUGUGGCGCAGCCCCAUGAAUCCCGACCGGCCCUUCCUGCAGGUCCACGGCUGCUGUGUUUUCAAGCUGACCACCCGCGACCCCCAAACUGGAAGCACGACAGUCAUCGACGAUGUGGAGGAGGUGCGCAAGAUUGUAUACAACAUGCAGAAGAAGAUCUAUGCGCCAGAAAACAUCUACGCCCAUCGAUGGGAGGAGGGCGACGUGGUGAUCUUCCACAACCGCGGCGUCAUGCACAGCAUUACGGGGCAGCUGUCCCAGUACCGAGAAGACGAGGACAAGAAGAGAAUUCUCUGGCAGUGCACGAUGACGAGCAAGACUCCGCCGCAGCCGUUCAGGGAGUAUCCCGGGGUCAACGGGAGUGGGUUUGUGAAGGUGUGAGGUUAGAGUGUCUGUUCACCGCUUAUUUGAUAGAAAAUAUUGUUGAAC